AAAAUUUUUUGCAUUUCAGUCUGAUAAAUAAAUCGAAAAAUGUUCCUGUUGAAGAGCAUCGUUGCCCUCAGUGGCCUUUUGGGCAUAUUAGGGGCUUCCAUAUUCCCACCAGCAGAAAAUAUUUUUCAGUGUUUGGUAGCCGAUAAUUAUACUCUGAUUUAUAAUGAAACAAUACACAAGGAUGCUAUAGAAGAUGAAAUGGCAGUGGCCAUAGUUAAUUUUCCAGGAGAAUAUAAAACAAAUGAUCAACCUAUUGCAUGUGUCAGGAUCACUAAUUUGAAUCCUGGCAAUGGAGGUGAGGUUAAAACCAUGACUGAAGCUGUUUUCGCUAAAAAAUUGUUCGCCAUUAUUACUUCAGGAUUAGGUCAACCUCUCGAUUAUUUGGUUUACAUUUAUACGGCAUCAUAUUCUUGAGUCAUUUUAAGUGCAGCAAGUUGCAGAAUCAAUCAAUUAUUGAAAACAUUAAAUGACUUGUGAUUCUG